GAGGACAACAACAAGCAGUUGCAACAGAUUACAGACACAGACACACGACUCACAGUCAACAUGGCGCUCGCACCCGACUUCAAGAUGGAGAAGGAAGCUGCCAAGCAGCUGAAGGAGAAGAAGGAAUUGCUGGAGAAGGGCCACACAGGCUUCUUCGGAUCCCCCAACAAGCUGGCGACAAAGACGCUCUCGGAGACCAUGUACGACCGCCAGAUGCACGUCCCAGAACAGGACAAGUCCAGCAAACUCCACCGCGACGACCGCCAGUCCCGCGUCGGCCUUGAUAUCCACAAGGAGGAGCGCGAGCGGGCCUUCCCUGUCCGUUCAUCUUCCCUCUAUGGAGCACGCGCACCCAUCGACAACCUGGUGCAUAUGGCCAAUGGGCGAAAGAAGGUCGUCAGCCAGGAGUUUUACUCAAAGGAGAUUGCAAAGCUCGGAUAACUCUUCUUCCUUCUUCCACCUCCUCCUCGCCUUGUCGCAUCUUCUUUCCCGCCUCUUCCUCCCUUCUUCCACCUCCUUCUGUUUCACUUUUGUUCAUGUGUCGUUCUGGUUGUCUGUCUGUCUGUGUCCACACACCUGAUCGUUGCCUCAUUCGCUUCCUUUUCUAUUUGAGUUCCAUAUUUCAACCAACAAGGCAGUGUGUGUGUGUGUGUGUGUUCUUUUCACUAUCCCCCCCCGCCCUCACCCUCACUGCUGUUGUGUCUGAUUUAUUCCCGUCACAAUAACAAGCCAACGAACACCA